AUGAAGCUGAAUAUCUACGUGGAUAAUCUCCACUGCGGGAACUGUGAAAAGUACGUGUUUGAAAUCCUAUCUCGUCGUUUCGAAUGGGCUAAUGAACCUUUCGCCGGCGAUGAGUAUUCGAAGCUCAGCGACAAGAACAAUCGCUACUUUAAAAACCAAAGUUUCGGCGAUUCUAGACAUCAAAAACUGGGAUUGGCAAAUGCUCUAUCAAUCGACCGCGAAAGCGGACUAGUCAGUGUGACCUUAUGCCAAUACUACACCACCGAAAAGGGCGACGAAUCAAAUGAAAAAUCCACUAUUCCUAGUUUCAUCAGAAAAGACUUCGAGUGUGCGGGCUUCAAAGUGACCAGUAUCGAUUUCAGUUCAGAUGAAGUCGUCCCAGAUAAGCCAUUACGUGCUUCGUUUCCACCGUCCAAACGUUACAGGUUUUUUUCGGCCCUAGAUAGCCUACAGUUCAGCGAACGCAGGAGAUACAGAAAACAUGCUCAGUACUGUAAAGAGUGUGAUCCUGGGGAAAAAAGACGCCAUACAAAUUCCGAUUUGGCCGAGACUGCCACAGCAAAUGAUAUACGCUAUAGGGCGGUUUUCGCCAUAGGCGGAAUGACUUGUUCUAACUGCGCCGGCAUAGUUGAAUCUUCUAUCACUCAAGCCUUGAACUCGUCUCCGCUGGAUUUCGAGGCUGCCGUAUCUGUCAGCACAGUCAGCAAUACUGCCACUGUCGUCAUUCCAAACAAACAGCUGGUACAGCUCAUUAUUGAGAGUGUGAAUGACACCGGGUACACCGCUCAACUACUCGAGGUGCUGCCUCUCACGACUCAACGCCGGUACAAAUUAGUUGCCGCCAUCGAAGGUAUCACAUGCGCUGCAUGUGCGUCCGCCAUCACGAGUGCUGUUGAGCAGCUACCUUACAUCGACGAGGUGGCAGUCAACGUUCUUUCCAAAUCUGCUACCUUCAUUUUGAGCUCAGUGGAAGGUAACGCUUUGCGUGAUCUCCAAGAAGUCGUCGAAGACUGCGGUUUUGAAUUCCGAGCUCUCAGCGAGCCUGAAACCGUGGACCAUGCGUUUGCCGAAAAACCAACUAGAAGUGUGAACUUGAGAAUUGACGGAAUGUUUUGUUUAAAAUGUCCUGAGCGCGUGAACGAGGUGCUGUCUCAUUUUGGUAGCGCUGAGCUGAUCAUUCAAGAUCCUAUUUCGCUGCAAACGCCUUUCAUCAAAUUCAAGUACAUCCCCAACGUGGAAAAGGGCAUUACAAUCAGGUCCAUCAUCGACACUAUACUAGAAAAGCUAUCCAGUGGCAAUGAUUCAAAUAUAAAGAUAUCAAUUGUAAAGGAGAGGACACUCGAAGAGCACUUGAGAGAAAUGGCAUUGCGUGAAACACAAAAGAUAGCGAUUAGACUAGUUGCUUCGCUGAUUUUCGCAAUCCCGACCUUCGUUUUUGGAGUGGUUGGACCGUCGCUGCUGUCAAAACAUCAUAAGUUUCGAAUGUGGUUGGAAGAGCCAAUAUGGGCUGGUAAUACUUCCAGGAUGACGUGGGUACUGUUUAUUCUGAGCACUCCAGUCUAUUUUUUUGUCGACGACGUAUUUCACAGAAAAGCCUUCCUUGAGCUGAGGGCUCUGUGGAAACAGAAAAAUGACUGGAAGAGGCGACUUUUCAAGUUCGGAAGCAUGAAUCUAUUAGUGUGCUUAGGGACGACUGUGGCAUAUUUUGCCAGUAUAGCAAUGCUUGCGAUUUCUGCAACAAACACCAGCAAUAAAGGGAGCACUGGUUAUACAACGACAUACUUUGAUGCUGUGGUUUUCCUCACGUUCUUCCUUCUGGUGGGUAGGCUUCUUGAAACGUUUUCGAAAAACAGAACGGCCCAAGCCGUUAACGACCUUAGCUUGCUGAAACAGCGUGAAGCGACUUUAGUCGAUCGUAUCGAUGGAAAAGGAUUUUCUAACGAUAGGACCGUUCACAUAGACUAUCUGGAGAUUGGAGACUACAUCAAAAUCGCUCCUGGGGAAUCUCCUCCAAUCGACUGCAUCAUUGCUGAAGGGCAAGCUGGCUUUGACGAGAGUGCACUUACUGGUGAAUCGAUACCAAUCGAGCAUAAAGUAGGCGAGCAGGUUUUUGCGGGGACCGUGAAUGUGGGCACUCAAGCCAUAAUUGGCAAGCUUUGUGCAUUGAACGGGGAUUCACUCUUAGAUCAGAUUGUUAACUCAGUACGCGACGGUCAGUUGAAAAAAGCACCAGUGGAAAAGCUGGCUGAUUCCUUAACUAGUUUCUUCGUUCCCCUCAUCGUUCUCAUCGCAAUCAUCACAUGGAUUAUAUGGAUCUCCUUGGGCUUCAGUGGUAGAUUGCCGCCACAUUACCUCGACAUUGACGUAGGCGGCUGGACGGUGUGGUCACUGGAAUUUGCCACAUCAGUAUUUGUCGUUGCUUGUCCUUGCGGCAUUGGCCUAGCAGCACCUACGGCCUUAUUUGUCGGUGGCGGGUUGGCCGCUAAACAUGGCAUCUUGGCGCGCGGCGGUGGUGCUGCAUUCCAGGAUGGUUCCAAAGUGUCUAUGGUGUGUUUCGAUAAAACCGGAACAUUAACUCUGGGCGGGAAGCCUAAAGUGACCAACUUCGCGGUUCAUAGCAAUCCAGCUAUCAAGAAGAUCGCCGUUCAGGCAGUAAGAGAUUUGGAGCUCGCCUCGAAGCAUCCGAUUGCUACAGGUUUGAAGAACUUCAUUAGUCAAGAGUUCGGAGACCUUCUUGGCAGUGUAACCAUUCAAACAGUCGAGGAAAUUGCUGGCAAAGGGCUUAAAGGCGAUUUUAUUGUGGCCGAUGAUUUCGCUUCAGCUUCGAAGCAGUCCGUGAAACCUCAAAGUGCUAUUCUCGGUAACGAGACAUUUAUGGCGGAAAACAACUGUCAUUUGAGCUCUUCUCAAAUAAGAACUCUGGCCGAUUGGAAAGCUGAGGGAAAAAGUGUGGUAGUUGUGGCUAUAAAAUGUGGGAGUUUUUUCAAGAGUGAGGCUUACUUUCCUGUAAUGCUUCUAGCGGUGAGGGACGAAGUGAGGCCCGAGGCCAAAGGAGUGAUCAAUAUGCUACAGAGAGAAGGGAUUGAGUGCUGGAUGAUUUCAGGAGACAAUAGACUGACAGCAACAGCCAUUGCGAAGGAGCUAGGGAUUGACAACGUGGUCGCGGAAGUGUUGCCUGAAGAAAAAGCGAAUAAAGUUACUUGGAUCAAAGAAACCCAUCUUGUUAAUAAGAAGUCGCCCGUAGUGGCAUUCGUGGGAGAUGGAAUCAAUGAUGGUCCUGCAUUGGCCGCAGCAGAUGUUGGAAUUGCACUUGCAACUGGCAGUGAUCUUGCGAUGAGCGCGUGCGAUUUCGCUUUGCUCUCGAGCACCAACACCCUGUGCUCCCUACUGACGUUGCUGCAAUUGUCUCGGAAGGUAUUUCGAAGAGUGAAAUUCAAUUUCGCGUGGGCCUUGGUUUACAAUAUGAUCGGAAUUCCUAUUGCUGCAGGCGUCAUUUAUCCUUAUAAGAACUCCAGGCUCUCACCAGUGUGGGCCAGUGCGGCAAUGGCUGCGUCAUCAGUAAGUGUUGUCAUGAGCAGCUUAGCACUCCGAAUGUAUAGGCCCCCCUCGGUGGUUACGGAUAAGAGUCAGAAGAUAGAUUUCGAACGGCUCGCUCCUGUAGAGGAGAGGUUUCAAUAG